AUGAACUCUCCAAGCUGUGCCGGGCCCAAGGCCCCACUGUCUUUACUACUCCAGCUGCUUCUGCUGCACCUGGACCCCACCAGCACCUCCUUCAUCAGUGUCAACCAGGGCCUGAGGGUGAUGAAGGGCAGUUCUGCCUUCCUGUCUGGAGAUCACCUGAGGUUUGCCGUCCCUAAAGAGAAGGAUGCCUGCAGAGUGGAGGUGGUGAUGAAUGAGCCAAUCACCCAGAGGGUUGGAAAACUCACUCCACAGGUCUUUGAUUGCCAUUUCCUUCCCAACGAAGUAAAGUAUGUUCACAAUGGAUGCCCAAUUCUUGAUGAAGACUCUGUGAAGCUUAGAUUAUACAGAUUUACCGAAACAGACACCUUCAUGGAAACCUUUCUCUUGCGGGUCUUCCUCGUGGAACCUGACUGUAACAUCAUCCGUCUGAGCGGCAAUGCGCUGGAAGUGACUGAAUUCUAUGGCUUAUCCCAAGCCAUUGAUAAGAACCUGCUCCAGUUUGAUUAUGAUAGGACAGCCAGUCUGGACUGCACCAUUAGACUGGACUCAGUGAGGACCCAGCUGCCAGCUCACGGCAGGCUGGUUGUGGUGAACCGUAAGCCAGAGGGGCCUCGUGGAGAUCAGCCACACAGCUUUUUCUCUGAGACCCAGCUGGGGCCAGGACUGAAGUGCCCACAUGGAAGCUGUGCCCUGGAACUGAAGAAAGUGGCAAGUCUGAAAGUGAGCUGUGAGGAGUUCCUGCUGACGGGGUUUCACUACCAACACCUGCAGCCCCCUUCACCCAACAUUGACUAUAUCCCCAUCCAGCUGGAUCUCACGGACAGGAGGAGUAAAACCGUAUACAAGUCAGAGAGUGCGUGGUUGCCAGUUUAUAUCAGAGCUGGCAUUCCUAACCAGCCCCCAAGGGCUGCGUUCAUGGCCAUGUUUGUUCUGGAGGUGGACCAGUUCAUACUGACCCCCCUGACAACUUCGGUUCUGGACUGUGAGGAGGAUGAGACACCAAAACCCUUACUGGUGUUCAACGUCACUAAGGCCCCACUCCAGGGCUAUGUGACCCACCUGCUGGAUCAUACCAGACCCAUCUCUUCAUUCACCUGGGAGGAUCUCAGUGGCAUGCAAGUCGCCUACCAGCCACCAAAUGGCAGCUAUCCUGAGAGAAGACAUUACAAGAUGGAGCUGGAGGCCUAUGACUUCUUCUUUGAGAAGAGUGCCCCCAUCACAGUCCACAUCUCCAUCAGAACAGCAGACACGAAUGCUCCCCGGGUGUCAUGGAAUACAGGUUUGAAUCUCCUGGAGGGGCAGUCUCGGCCCAUCACUUGGGAACAGUUUCAGAUUGUUGACAAUGAUGACAUUGGUGCUGUGAAGUUGGUCACCAUUGGUGGGCUGCAGCAUGGAAGGCUCACAGUAAGAGAGGGAAAAGGAUUUCUCUUCACUGUGGCUGACCUUCAGGCUGGAGUUGUACGCUAUCAUCAUGAUGACAGCGACACCACCAAAGACUUUGUGGCUUUCAGGAUAUUUGAUGGCCAACACAGCAGCCAUCACAAGUUUCCUAUCAAUAUCCUGCCGAAAGAUGAUAGUCCCCCAUUCCUCAUAACCAAUGUUGUUAUUGAACUAGAAGAGGGGCAGACAGUCUUGAUCCAAGGGUCCAUGCUGAGAGCUUCAGACAUGGACUCCAGUGAUAACUACAUCUUCUUUAAUAUCACCAAGUCCCCACAGGCUGGGGAGAUCAUGAAGAAGCCAGGGCCAGGACUGAUAGGGUAUCCUGUCCCUGGCUUCCUUCAGAGAGACCUGUUCAAUGGAAUAAUUUACUAUCGUCAUUUUGGUGGAGAAAUCUUUGAAGAUUCUUUUGAGUUUGUCCUGUGGGACAGCCAUGAACCCCCAAACCUCUCAGUACCACAGGUGGUGACGAUCCAUAUCACUCCAGUAGAUGACCAGCUCCCGAAAGAAGCUCCUGGCAUUUCCCGGCACUUGGUGGUCAAGGAAACAGAGGUGGCCUACAUCACUAAAAAGCACCUGCAUUUCCUGGACAUGGAAUCACAUGAUGGGGAGCUCAUCUACACAGUAACACGUCCUCCAUGCUUCUCCUUCAGCCACAGACACCUGGAUGCUGGAAAGUUAUUCAUGGUGGACAGCAUACCAAAACUAGCCAAAAAUCCUUCAGCCCUGGCGCUGAGGUCAUUUACUCAGCAUGCAGUCAACCAUAUGAAAGUGGCCUACAUGCCUCCCAUGCAAGACAUAGGUCCCACGCCUCGACAUGCGCAGUUCACAGUGUCUGUCAGCAACCAGCAUGGAGGUACUUUGCACGGAAUCUGCUUCAACAUCACGAUUCUCCCAGUGGACAAUCAGGUUCCUGAGGUGUUCACCAACACUCUGAGAGUGGCUGAGGGAGCUCAGUGCACCAUCAGCACGGAUCACGUUUUGGUUUCUGAUGUGGACACCCCGCUGGACAGUAUCUUCCUCUCUCUUCAGGAGAAGCCUCUGCAUGGCGGGGUAGAGCUGGAUGGAUUUCCUCUAUACCCAAGAAGCACAUUUUCUUGGCGAGACCUCCACACCUUAAAAGUUAGGUAUCAACAUGACGGCUCUGAGGUUCUUCAGGAUGAGCUAUUCUUGGAGGUCACAGAUGGCACAAAUUCAGCAGAGUUCGUUCUACACAUUGAGGUGUUCCCUGUGAACGAUGAGCCACCUAUUCUAAAGGCUGACCUCAUCCCCAUGAUGCACUGCUCAGAGGGUGGAGAGGUGACUAUCACCCCUGAAUACAUUUUUGCUACUGAUGCAGACAGUGAAGACUCGAAACUACUGUUUCUGAUUUCCCAAGAACCUCAGCAUGGGGUGGUGAGAAAGUCUGGGAUCCAGGUGACCAGGUUCUCUCAGGAAGAUGUCGCCUCAGGGGCUGUGACAUACAAACACACAGGCGGUGAGACUGGCGUCACACCUUGCUUUGACACUGUCAUAUUGGUGGUUUCGGAUGGCGAAGCUGGCCCUUUGGUGAAUGGCUGUUGCUACAGUGGACCUGAUCCAUCUGUUCCUCUUCAUGACUCCUUUCCCGUGUACGAGCUCAACAUCACGGUGCAUCCGGUUGACAACCAGCCACCUUCAGUUAUAAUAGGUAGGAUGUUCAUGGUGGAUGAAGGCUCCUCAGCAGCCCUUACUACUCAUCAUUUGACUGCCACUGACCUGGACACUGCCCCAGAUGACUUAGAAUUCGUUUUGGUUUCUCAUCCCCAGUUCGGCUACCUAGAAAACACACUCCCUUCUGCAGGUUUUGAGAAAAGUAAUAUGGGCAAAAGCAUAGCUUCAUUCCAGUGGCGAGACAUGAAGGCUCUGCACAUUAACUACGUGCAGUCCAGGCACCUGAGGGUGGAGCCAACUGCCGACCAGUUCAUGGUCUAUGCCACAGAUGGAAAGCAACACUCGCUGGAGACAACAUUUCAUGUUAUCAUCAACCCCACAAAUGAUGAAGCUCCUGACUUUGUGGUACAGAAUAUCACUGUCUGUGAGGGUCACAUGACAGAGCUGGAUUCUUCCGUUAUGAGUGCUGCUGACAGGGACAUUCCCAAGGACCUCUUGCUCUUCAGCAUCGCUCAGAAGCCCCAGCAUGGCCUACUCAUCGACGCGGCGAUCAGCAAGGACCCUUCUCAGGUCAAGCAGCUGAGACAUGAAAUCCACAACUUCUCCAUGGACCUUCUCAGGAACGGAAUGAAGCUGGCCUAUGUCCAUGAUGACUCGGAGAGCCCUGCUGAUGGCUUUGUGAUCCAGUUGUCAGAUGGGAAGCACAAAAUACUUAAAACCAUUUCAGUAAAUGUCACUCCAGUGAAUGAUGAGAAACCAACACUAAGCAAGGAGGCCAAAAUCUCAGUGGCUGUGGGCGAUACGCGUGUUCUGUCUAGUGCUGUUCUUUCAGCCGUAGAUAAAGACUCACCCAGGGAGAAUAUUCACUAUUUAUUUGAAAGACUUCCCCAAAAUGGGCAACUUCAGCUUAAGAUAGGGAGGGACUGGAUCCCUCUCUCAGCUGGCAUGCAGUGCACUCAGGAGGACGUGGACCUGAACUUGCUGAGAUACACACACACUGGCAAAGUGGGUUCCCAGGAUGGAGACAGCUUCACCUUCUACCUCUGGGAUGGGGAUAACAGAUCACCUGCAUUUGACUGUCACAUCAUCAUUGAAGACUCUGGAAAAGGUGAUAUUGUCAUUCACGCAAAACCACUCGUGGUAGCCAAAGGUGACAGGGGUUUCUUGACGACUGCCACUCUCCUGGCUGUGGAUGGAGCAGGCAAGCCUGAGGAAUUGCUCUACCUCAUCACUUCCCCGCCACAGUACGGCCAGGUGGAGUCCGUUCACUAUCCUGGAGUUCCCAUUACCAGCUUUAGCCAAAUGGACAUAGCAGGACAGACAAUCUGCUACACACACAAGAGCAGGGCAGCCGCCCCCAACGACAGCUUCAGAUAUACCAUCAGCAACGGACUGCAGACCCAGCACGGUGUGUUUGAGAUCACACUGGAGACUGUGGACAGAGCCCUGCCUGUGGUGACCAGGAACAAAGGGCUGAGGCUGGCCCAAGGGGCCAUGGGUCUGCUGUCCGCUGAUCACCUUCAGCUGACUGACGCUGACACCCCCCCAGAGACCCUAACCUUCCUUCUGGCCCGGCUCCCACGCCAUGGGUACCUCUACCUGAGGGGGAAAGUGCUUCAACAUAAUUUCACCCAGCAAGAUGUGGAUAGCGGGGGCGUGGCCUAUCAGCACUCAGGAGGCAGCUCCCAGGCAGACUGCUUUACUUUCCUGGCUACGGACAGGAAGAACCAAGGCUUUGUUGUGGAUGGAAAAGUUCGAAAGGAGCCUGUUUUCUUCACCAUCCAGGUGGACCAGCUGGACAAAGAGGCACCCCAGAUCACUCACCUGCACUCGCCUUCCCAAGUGGGGCUCUUGAAAAGUGGCCGCUACGGGAUUUAUAUCACUUCCCGAGUACUGAAGGCAUCGGACCCCGACACGGAGGAUGGCCAGAUCAUUUUCAAGAUUUUACGAGGCCCAUUGCACGGCCAUCUAGAGAACACAACAACAGGUGAAUUUAUCCAUGAGCGGUUUAGCCAGAAGGACUUGAGCCGCAAGACCAUCCUUUACAUCAUAAAUCCAUCUUUGCAAGUGACUUCGGAUAUCCUGAGAUUUCAGAUCAUGGACCCCGCAGGGAACACUGCCUCUCCUCAAAGCUUGGAGCUGAAGUGGUCUUAUAUUGAAUGGUCUCAGACUGAAUAUGAAGUCUGUGAGAAUGUAGGCUUAUUGCCCUUGGAAGUUACGAGAAGGGGAUAUUCCAUCGACUCAGCCUUUGUGGGCAUAGAGGUCAACCAAGUGUCAGCUGUAGUUGGAAAAGAUUUUACUGUCGCUCCAUCCAAGCUGGUUCAGUUUGACCCAGGAAUGUCAACUAAGAUGUGGAAUAUAGCAAUUACCUAUGACGGAUUAGAGGAAGAUGAUGAGGUCUUUGAAGUAAUUCUGAUCUCCCCUGUGAAUGCGGUUCUUGGCACAAAGACAAAAGCUGCAGUGAAAAUUUUGGACUCAAAAGGAGGACGAUGCCAUCCUUCAAAUUCCUUCAACCAAAGCAAGCACAGCACACAGGGGAAGGGCAUUUGGCAUCCGCAGCCCUCAGGGUCAUCCUCACUCACCACUGCUGGUUCUCCUCAUCUGGAAAGGAGGCACCGUCCAUCUUUCACCAAAGGAGAUGUCCUUCAGGGCUUUGAUCUCACAGACCUCUCUCAGAGGAAGAUGGGGACCCAUGGGAAUGGGAAAUCGGUUCUCCCAUCCUCUGUUUGUAAAAAUGGAACAGACACCAUCUACAAUUAUCAUGGCAUAGUGUCCUUGAAACUAGAGGGUGACGGUUUCUCAGCUCACAAGCGGAAGGCCAAAAUAUCCAUCCAGAGUCAGCCACAGAGGACAAUCACGGUGGCAGAGCUGCCUCCAGCUGAUAAGGUGGAAUCCACAACUGAUUCGAAUUUUCCCAGACAGGGUCUGCUGCCCUUGUUUCCAAGGAACUGUUCUGUGGAAUUAAAGGGACUCUUUCACUUUGAAGAAAAAACCCACAGAUUGUAUCAAUGUGAUGGAGUCACCUGGAAGGCCUGGAGCCCCCAAGCUGAGGGGCUGAAGGGCGAAUCUUGCCCAGCUGGAUGGCGUCUUCACUCAGGCCACUGCCACACCUUGGUCACACGGCAGAAAGGCACCUGGGCCACAGCCACCCGAGCUUGCAGAGAACAGUACCAGGGCAAUCUUGUGACCGUGUUCUCCAAGAGGCACAUGCAGUGGCUGUGGGAUAUCGGCAGAAGAAAGCCAUUCUGGAUAGGCUUGAAGAACCAAGUGCGAACUGGCCGCUGGGAGUGGAUCGGAGGUGAACCUGUUGCUUUUACUAACUGGAAGAGAGCGCCCCCUCAGCACCGGAAGCCUGGAAAGGACUGUGCUUUGGUUCACAAAAGAGGGCAGUGGCAAUCCCAGGACUGUAGUAAAGGCAAGGCUCACAAUUUUGUGUGCUCAAGGAAACUCUGAAUGUAAGCGGACAUUUCUCAUCAAUCCUUUUACAAGGUCCAUGCGGAUUGUGCCCUCCCUAGAAGUGUGUUGUGUUGUGGCUGGCUGGGCACGUCUUUGUGAGUCUAUCACGUGCACAGGAAAAUGAGAUCAGUGGACCCCAGAAAGACGAUUGUUUAAAUAUGCCUUUCAAGAUGAGAUACAACUUCUGCAUCUCAGUAUUUUUCCAAACAAACACCUGUGGUA